AUGGAAAAGCAAACCGAUGAUCGAUUUUUCAAGUCCAAGAACAAAAAACAGACAAAGAAAAAGAACAAGACUGAAAGUACUGAUAAUCAGGAAAAAGAACCUGAGUGUGUUACUAAAGACUAUGAUUCCAACGAACAAAAAUUAUUCAUAGAACCAAAACCUGAUAUAUUUAACAAUUUUAAAAUAAGUAUUGAAAUCAAUAUACUGGCAGUGAUACUUUUUAUGUCAGCUCUGUCAUCAAGAUUUUUUAAACUUGAUCAACCUCGUAAUGUUGUGUUUGAUGAGCUUCACCACGGAAAGUAUGUUAGUUUAUAUAUGAAGCAAACAUUUUUCUUUGACACUCAUCCACCUCUUGGGAAGCAACUAAUAGCUGCUGUUGCAUAUAUAUGUAACUACAAUGGUCAAUUUAAAUUUGAAAGAAUUGGAAGUGAAUUUAGUGAUGAUGUCCCAUUAUUUGCUUUACGAUUUGUACCAGCAUUAUGCGGUAGUUUGAUUAUUCCUGUUGCAUAUCAAUUAAUGUUGGAACUAGGAUGUAGGCAUUGGUGUGCCGCUCUUGGUGCAUUUCUUCUUCUUUGUGAAAACACAUUAUUAACUCAAUCUCGAUUCAUCUUGAUGGAGUCUAUACUAAUAUUUUUUACAUUAUGUGGAUUAUUAUUUGUGCUUAAGUAUAAAAGACUGAACAUGAAAUCACCGUGGGCAUUGACUUACUUAAUAAUUGCUUCAGUUUGUCUAACUAUGGCCACAUGUGUUAAGUAUGUUGGACUUCUCUCGUGGCUUUUGAGCAUAUGGAUAAUUUGUAGAGAUUUCUGGGUUAACCAUUUAGGUGACAAACGCCUAUCAGAUUUCACCGUUUUCUUAUGUGUAAUAUUACGAUGUAUUAUUACAUUUGUGAUAUCCGUCGCCAUUUAUUUCUCUGUAUUUUUUGUCCAUCUCAUAAUUUUGAAUAAAGCAGGUCCACAUGACAGUGUUAUGACAAGUGCCUUUCAAGCUAGCCUAGAAGGUGGACUAGCAUCUAUAACCAAAGGUCAACCUUUGUAUGUUUCUCAUGGAUCACAAAUAACAUUACGGCAUACACAUGGAAGAACAUGUUGGCUUCACUCGCAUACUCAUGUUUAUCCUAUCAAGUAUGCUGAUAAACGAGGAAGUUCUCAUCAGCAACAAGUUACAUGCUAUACAUUUAAGGAUGUAAAUAAUUGGUGGAUAGUUAAGAGACCAGAGAGAAAUACAUUAGCAGUAGAAAAUACCAAAAACCCUGAUGGUAUAAAACAUGGUGAUAUUAUUCAGCUGGUACAUGGAAUGACAAGUCGGGCUUUAAAUUCUCAUGAUGUUGCUGCACCUGUAUCACCACAGAAUCAAGAAGUAUCGUGUUACAUUGAUUACAAUGUUUCUAUGCCUGCUCAAAAUCUAUGGAAAGUAGAAAUAAUCAAUCGUGAUCAAUUUGGAGAUGUUUGGCAAGCUAUUAAUUCACAGGUAAUACUAACUCAUUUCAAUUCAACACAAGCGUUGAAGUUUAGUGGUAGACAGUUACCAGAUUGGGGAUUUAAUCAGCACGAAGUAGUUACAGAUAAGAUAAUAUCUCAAGAUGAUACAGUGUGGAAUGUUGAAGAACAUCGCUAUACCAAAAGUGAGAAUGAAAAAGAAAGAGAACGUGAACUUGUUGCUGCUGAAAUGAUACCAUCAAAAGGAACAAAAUUGGGACUUUGGGAAAGAUUUUGGGAAUUACAAUACAAAAUUAUAUUUUCUUCGCCAAACACACAGAACGUUCAUUCACAUAUGUAUAGCAGUGAACCCCUUGAUUGGCCGUUAAUGGUUAGAGGAGUGGCCUAUUGGCUAAGUGAACAUGAUAAUGGACAAAUUCACCUAUUGGGAAACAUUGUUGUGUGGUAUUCAUCGACAUUAUGUCUAUUGUUAUAUUUAUCAUUUUUUGCUUUUUAUUUACUGCGUCAAAGAAGACAAAUUUAUGAUUUAUCCUUUGAUGAAUGGGAACAAUUCAAAACAAUUGGAGAGGUAUUAGUAGUUGGAUAUGGCUUACAUUAUAUUCCAUAUUUCUUUAUUGACCGCACAUUAUUUUUACAUCACUAUUUGCCUGCUCUUGUAUUUAAGAUAUUAUUGUGUGCUGCAUUUAUGCAACACCUAGCAAACAUUGUAAAAGCAAAAUUGAUUCCAAGAUUUAUUUUUCAUUUAAGUCUAUGCAUAUGGAUUUUAAGCGUUAUGUAUGUAUUUAAAAAGUUCAUUGUCUUCAGUUAUGGAACUACUCCUUUAACAUCUAAAGAUGUUUUUAAACUACGCUGGAAAGAUACUUGGGACUUCAUUAUUCAUAAGCCAUAA